CCAAAACGACACGUUUCUCUCUACCAUAGCAUCGGAGUCAUGGCAGAGGAAGAAAACCACCACCACCAUCGCCACCACCUUCACCACCACAAGGAGGGAGAAGAGUUCUCCGAAGUCGUUGACUACGAGAAGGAAAAGAAGCACCACAAGCACCUCGAACACCUCGGCGAGCUUGGGGUCGCCGCGGCGGGUGCCUACGCUUUGCAUGAGAAGCACGAGGCCAAGAAAGAUGGAGAGAACAGCCAUGGGCAUAAGGUGAGGGAGGAGGUCGCAGCGGCGGUGGCAGUCGGUGCGGGCGGAUUUACGUUCCAUGAACAUCACGAGAAGAAGGAAGCCAAAAGAGAAGAGAAGGAAGCUCAUGGGAAGGACCAUCGCCACCAUCUCUUUUGAAAAAUUAUGAACUUUUCAAUUUCUUCUGUGUGUGUUUUUUGUGUGUUGUUUUGGCUUUGUUUUCUUGAAUAAUGGUUGCGUUUGGGUUUGAAGUGUUGGUACUUACCAGGGUUGUGAAAUAAAGUUGAGAUGUCUCACUUACUUUGUAUUGUAUAUGUAUUUAUCUAUUUUAAGGAUCGGAUCGAGUAUUUUCGAUGAAUAAAAUGGUAGUUAUCUUGAUCUUAAAAUUAAA